GGUUUUCCUGUCAGUGUCAAUUGAUUCGUCGCGGUGUAUUGCCGCGUAAUUUGAGUGCGCCAAAUAUUCUGGAUAAUAUAUAUAAAAAAAUAGUUAUAAAUCAACGAGCCUUUAAACUAAACAUUAAGAACUAAUUAUUAUCUACGGUGUCAAUUUACUACCACCCAGUCGGUCCCUAAAUUAUAUAAAAACUUUAUUUCCUUGUUUAUUUUUAAUUAUUUUAUUUAGUUUGCGCCGACACCGGUCUAGAACUUCUCGAAGUUUCCAAGAGAUCUCAGUGCAAGUUACGUGUAUUUUCAAUAAAUAUUUGUGAUUUUAGUUAGUUUUAGUAUUACACACAGUAUUUUACGAGCGUGAAAGUGUUGGAUUUUACAAUCUUGUGUUAGUAAAAUUAUCAGUAAAUUGAAUACAUUGUAAUUUUACUUACAAUUAUAAGAAUAGAAAUUAAUUAGCGAGAUAAAGAAACGCAUCGACUGGAUUGUGGCUCCCUGGACAUCGACGAAGCCCGCCAGCGCCGAGUAAAUAGAAUGGAGUCGUUGUGUCAAGUGGUAGCCAAAAGCACUCCCAAAUUAAGCAAUACCCAAGACACCAAGACCACCAAUGACAAGAACAACAACAGCACCACCAUCACCAGCAACAACAGCACCCCCAUCAAUAAUCAAAACCACAAUACAACAACCAAAAACACCCUCAACAGAAGUUACAAGUCCUCCUUAAUAAACUCAAUAAUCGACGGGGGUGGAAAUGGAGGUGGCGGAGGCGUUAACAACAGCAGCAAGCUCCACAAAGACAGUGACUGCCCAAACGACCCUCAGCAGAGACUGGCUGUGUUGUCUUUUGAGCAAGUCCGCCGAUUGAACGACGUGAUGAACGAAGUGGUGAGCAUCCACGGGAGAGGAAACUUUCCAACUCUGGAGGUUAAAUUACGGGACCUAGUGACAGUCGUCAGGUCGAAGCUCGAAGAAGAUCCAAGCAAUGGAGGGGCUGGAAUGCGAGUCAGAGACAUCAGGCUAAAUGGUGGAGCAGCUUCCCAUGUCCUGGCCACCGAGUCCCAGCCUUACAACGACCUGGACCUGAUAUUUGCAGUGGAGUUGACCUCGCCUAGAAACUUUGACCGAGUGAAGGCUGCAGUCCUUGACUCACUGUUCGAUCUCCUUCCUGAAGGUGUUAGUCGCAAGAGAAUCACUACUUGCAGCUUGAAGGAAGCGUAUGUCAGCAAAAUGGUGAAAGUCAAUGAUGGAGACAGGUGGUCUCUUAUUUCCCUGGGAAAUUCUCGCGGGCACCGCAAUGUCGAGCUUAAAUUUGUGGACACCAUGAAGAGACAGUUCGAAUUCUCAGUUGACUCCUUUCAGAUUGUCCUGGACUCCCUGCUGCUGUUUUACGAGUGCAGCAAACUCCCGAUUGGGGAAAAUUUCUACCCUACGGUUGUUGGAGAGUCUGUUUAUGGAGACUUCCAGGAGGCGCUGUAUCACUUACAUAAAAAGUUGAUCUCCACGAGGCACCCCGAAGAAAUCAGAGGUGGAGGCCUGCUGAAGUACUGUAAUCUUCUAGUGAAGAUGUAUAAACCGGCGCAGCCUGAUUAUAUUAAGACUUUAGAGAGAUACAUGUGCUCGAGAUUUUUCAUUGAUUUUCCAGACAUCAAUCAGCAGCAAGCCAAGCUGGAGAACUACUUGUGGAACCAUUUUGUUGGUCCCGAAGAAGAGGCUCUUAAGUAUCAGUACCUGAUGCUUCUGCAGAGUGUCGUUGAAGAGUCAACUGUUUGUCUGAUGGGUCAUGAGAGAAGACAGACCUUGGCGCUGAUCGAGAACCUGGCCUUCCAAGUCCUUUAUCAGGAGCAGCAGCGGCUAAAUAGUCAGCAGUCCGCAGUCGCUGUUGCAGCUGCUGCUAAUGGACAGCCUGCUUAUGUUUACACCAACACUGGGUUCUACUACCCUGUGAUACCGACCGCUUGUUACACGUGUACUUGUAAUUCGUGGAUGGCUUGUUCUUCGUGAUGUGAUUCUACUCAAGUUAAUUUUAAUUUUUAUGGUUAUGAUGAUAAUAAUAAUAAUGAUGAUGAUGAUAAUAAUGAUGAUGAUGAUGAUGGUUGUUGUGAUGAAUGAAAUAGUUUUAACAAUGGUUGAAGUUUAGUAGUAUUGACCGUUUUAUUCGCGGGGGAAUUAUUAUUAUUAUUAUUGCUAUUAUUGUUGCUGUUGUUGUUAUUAUUGUUGUUAUCAUUUAUUGGUCUGCAAAUUGUCUCAAAUUUUUUUAAUUGAGAGAGAAAAAAUAAUUUGUUAUUUCAAUUUUGUGAGGAAUUUUUGAAUCAUAAGUGAGAAUUUUGAAAGCGAAGCAAGCUUGGGAACUGAUUUUUCUUCUGUAAUAAUUAGUUCGUUUAAAAAAUGUAAGUUUAAAAUGUGUUAAAAUAAUCGUGUGAAAAUAUGUUAGUUUUUAAAAUUCGUCCCAAAGAUCAGUAGAAAAAAAUUUUUUAAGAUCGAUCAAGAUUUUUAAAAGUUCAUGUCAAAAAUUGAAUUUUUUUGCUUUCAAUAUUUUAAUAUCGUCAGUCUAUUGUUUUUUAGGUUAACAAUAAAGUAUAUUCUCAAAAUUACAAGUCGAAAUUUUUAUUUAUAGAAGUCGCUGAAGGUUUUUAAAACUUUCUUUAGAUGGUGGAUGAAUAUUUGGAAAUUAACCACACAAUAGAAAUUAUUGUUUUGUCAGACUUUUAUAGAUCUCUUUUAUGGUUUAUUUAUAUUGUUUAAUAUGUUAAAUUUAUAGAAAUAAAAUUUAACGUU